GUGAUACUUCUAUAAGUACUAACCUGACAGCUACUAAACAUUUCUCCAUACAUCAGACACCACUUCUCUCCUCACCAACCAGCAAAUACCCACAACUUCACAACACACCUCCGAGAAGUCUACACCCCUCACCAUGCAUUCCCGAGCAAACAACACCCGAAGCACCUACAACGACGGCACCGUCACCCACAGAAAACCUUCCCUCCUCGACCGCCUCCUCCGCACCUUCCAAUUCCUCUCCUCCCUCACCUCCCUGAUCGUCUUCUCCAUCCGCCUCCGCAAGAUAAUCAGUCUCGCCGGCCGCGCAACCCGCUCCAAUGGCGCCGUGGAAGGCAUCCUCGCCGCCGCCGUCCUCUACACGCUCAUCGCCAUGGCACUCAAGUUCGCCAUCAAGGGAACCGGCUCGAACAUGCUGCGCAUAGUCUUCAUCGUGCUGGAUCUGCUAUUCGUUGGAGCUUUCACUGCAGUUGCGGUGCUCACUAGUCCUAAGCGUCAUGGAUCGAGUGCGCCUUGCAAUGCGACGAGAUACACUGCUAUAAAUACGAAAAUUCCAAGUUCGGUGAACUGCAACUUGCCUUGGGGGACGUUCAUUUUGGCUAUUGUCAGCACUCUUCUCCACGCUGCUACUGCUGCCUACCAUGUCAUCAAGGACAAGCGUCGCACCAAGACUCACAACACUCUUGCUGCAAAGGAGGUCCACCAGGACGGUCACUUGAACGAGAACAGACACCAUGGACAUAACAAUGUCUGAACACUUUACAUCAACCGCAGUCGAAGAUUCAACAACC